AUGGCACCUGACAAGUCAUCUCCUGUGGAAAAUUCUUGGAAGAUCUUUGAAGAAUACCACAUAGAUGCAGAUGUGGGCUUUGCUCUGCCCAAUCCAUUGGAGGAGCUACCUCACCCUUAUGAUGCCUGGAUUUCCAUUGCUAAAAAUCUGCCUGAACUGAUUAACAAUGGCCAACUACGUGCAGAAGUUGAGAAGUUAACAACCUUCAGCACUGACGGCCUCCAAGGACACAAGUCACAGCGCCUUGCACAUCUGGUUCUGGGGUAUAUCACCAUGGCGUAUGUGUGGGGUGAAGGUGAUGGAGAUGUCCGGAAGGUCUUGCCAAGCAAUAUUGCUGUUCCUUACUGCAAGGUAUCUGAGAAGCUAGGACUGCCCCCUAUUCUGGUUUAUGCAGAUUGUGUCUUGGCAAACUGGAAGAAAAAGGAUCCCAGUGGGCCCAUGACUUAUGAGAACAUGGACAUCCUAUUCUCGUUUCCUGGUGGGGACUGUGGUAAAGGGUUCUUCCUGGUCUCUCUGGUGGUGGAAACAGCAGCUGCUUCUGCAAUCAAAGUGAUCCCCAUUAUAUUUAAUGCAAUACAACGUGAAGACCCAGACACUUUGCAAAAGGCAUUGCUUGAUAUAACUUCUAGUCUGCACAGAGCCCUUGAAAUGUUUCACCAAAUUCAUGAAUAUGUGGACCCAAACCUAUUUUUCAAUGUUCUUCGCAUAUACUUGUCUGGUUGGAAAGGCAACCCUUUGCUGCCAGAGGGUCUGCUGUAUGAAGGUGUCUGGGACACCCCAAAGAAGUUUGCUGGGGGCAGUGCAGCCCAAAGCAGCAUCUUUCAGUGCUUCGAUAUUCUGCUGGGCAUUCAGCAUACUGUUGGUGGAGUUCCUUCAGACUCUGCUGCUAAAUUCCUCCAGGAAAUGAGAACAUAUAUGCCAUCAGCUCACCAGAACUUUCUUCGCUGGUUAGAGUCAGGCCCCUCGGUCCGUAAGUUUGUCCUUUCAAAAGGUGAUGCUACCCUGCAGGACAUUUAUAAUGAAUGUGUGCAAGCUAUGGUCUCUCUGAGAAACUACCAUUUGCAAAUAGUAGCUAAGUACAUUGUGAUUCCUGAAAGCCAGCUAUCCAAGAGAAAACAAACCUCGGAAGAGCCUUCAGAACCAAAAAGUAAAGGAACUGGAGGCACCGAUAUCAUGGAUUUUCUAAAGACUAUAAGACGUACAACUGAGAAUUCCCUGUUGAAGGAAGAUUAA